AUGGUAGUGUUUAGGUUGCUGGUGCUCUUACUGUUGGUGCAGGGGGUGUGCACGUUUCUCCAUAUUCCUCAAUGUUCCAUCAGAGAACCUAUCCCUAUUCUUCACAAAUAUUAUCAUUCAGGAGACCUCAUCAUUGCUGGCAUUAUUUCUCAGAUCUACAUAUUUUCAGAUACCCUAUCCUUUGAAAAACACCCAUCUCAGGAAUUUUCAGAUGACCAUAUCCAUUUCAGUGCAAGAUGGACCUAUGAAGCCUCAAUGGAGCUUCUCUCAAGAAGGGCCAAGGCCAUCCCUAACUAUAAAUGUGAUGCUGAGAGCACUCCAAUAGCAGUCAUUGGGGGACCUAACUCUAAUGUCUGUCUUCACAUGGCACCCAUCCUGUCUACCUACAAGAUACCACAACUCAUAUAUGGCUCUUCCCCAGUCAUGAAUCAACAAUCUCAAGGAGUUUUCUUCCACCAGAUGUUUCCAAAUGGGGACCAUCAAUAUAGAGGAAUUAUACAGUUACUGCUGCGUUUCCAGUGGACAUGGAUUGGAGUGGUUUUUCAAGAUGGGGAUAAUACAGAAGGUUUUAUAGAGAAUGUACUUCCAAUGUUUUCUCAGAGUGGCAUCUGCUUUGACUUCAUAGAAAAAUUACCCACACAAACAACAUCCAGUGGUAUCACUGACAUGAUGGAGGAAGGCUUUCACAGUGUCAGUGUUAUUAUGGGAAGCACUACGAAUGUUGUGGUUGUACAUGGAGGAAUUCAGACCAUGAUGGCAUUGAAAAUGGUGCCCCAGGUUAUAAAAUUUGAGUAUAUACCAUUGAGGACCAAGGGAAGAGUCUGGUUGAUGACAGCCCAGGUGGAUAUCACAUCCUUUCCAUUUCAAAGAAAUUGGGACAUAAGUUUCCUUCAUGGUUCUCUGUCCCUUGCAGUUCAUUCAGUGGAUCUGUUAGCUUUCCAGAAGUUUUUUCAGAUCAGGAACCCAACCACAUCAAAAGAAGAUGGUUUUAUCAAGGACUUCUGGGAAGAGUCAUUUGACUGUUCUUUCCCCAGUUCUGUGGCAGAUAAUAUAGGUGGGCAAAUUUGCACUGGGGAGGAGAAGAUGGAGGCUCUUCCCAUGUCUGUUUUUGAAAUGAGAAUGACUGCUCAUAGCUACACCAUCUACAAUGCAGUCUAUGCAGUGGCACAUGCUUUGCACACCAGACAUUCAUCCCAAUUCAAGCACAGGGGAAUGGCAGAGGGAGUAAGAUGGGGGCUUCCAAAUCAACAACCGUGGCAGCUCCAUCACAUUCUCAGAAGUAUUUCAUUUAACAACAGUGCAGGAGAAAUGGUGCGCUUUGACGAAGAUGGCAAAUUGAUUGCUGGCUUUGACAUUAUAAACUGGCUCAUGUUUCCAAAUCAGUCCUUUCUUAGAGUCAAAAUUGGGAAGAUAGACUCUUUGGGUACCCAGGAAAAACUGUUCACCAUUCAUGAGGAUGCCAUUGUAUGGCCCAACCAAUUUAACCAGACCCGGCCCAUUUCUAUAUGCAAUGAUCAUUGCAGUUCAGGUUAUAGUCGGACCAAGAAGGAAGGAAAACCAUUUUGUUGCUAUGAUUGCUUUCCAUGUCCAGAAGGAAAAAUUUCCAACCUGAAAGACAUGGAUGACUGUUUUCAAUGUCCAGAAGAUCAGUACCCAAACAUUGGCCAGGAUAUAUGUCUUCCAAAAGAUAUUAGCUUCCUGUCUUACGAUGAGCCUCUGGGGAUCAGUUUAGUCACAUUUGCUCUUUUAUUGACUUUCAUUACAGUUUUGGUGCUUAGGAUCUUCAUCAAGCACAAAGAAACUCCCAUCGUCAAAGCCAACAAUCGGACCCUCACCUAUGUUCUCCUCCUAUCCCUCAUUCUCUCCUUCCUUUGUCCUUUGCUAUUCAUUGGCCAGCCCACAAAAAUUACCUGCCUCCUUCGACAAACUGCUUUUGGAGUCAUCUUCUCAGCAGCCGUGUCUUGCAUCUUAGCAAAAACAACUAUAGUGGUUCUAGCUUUCAUGGCUACCAAGCCAGGAUCCAGAAUGAGGAGAUGGAUGGGGGGAAAUCUGGCCAUCUCCAUUGUUCUUUUCAGCUUCCUCAUUCAAAUGAUGAUUUGCAGUGCCUGGCUGAUAGUUGCUCCCCCACUCCCUGAUAUAGACAAGCACUCGGUGCCUAAAGAAAUUGUACUGGAAUGUAACGAAGGAUCAGUCACCAUGUUCUACUGUGUCCUAGGCUUCAUGGGAAUGCAGGCCAUGGUCAGUUUCACUGUGGCUUUCCUAGCUAGGAAGUUACCAGACAGUUUCAAUGAAGCCAAGUUUAUCACCUUCAGCAUGUUGGUCUUUUGUAGUGUGUGGUUGUCCUUUGUUCCAACCUACUUAAGUACCAAGGGAAAGUACACGGUGGCUGUGGAGAUCUUUUCUAUUUUGGCCUCUAGUUUUGGGUUACUGGGAUGCAUCUUCUUCCCCAAAUGUUAUAUCAUUUUGGUGAGGCCAGAGUUAAAUAGCAGGGGACAGCUUAUAAUAAGAAAGAAUUAAAGCAUGAACAAGUCUAUUUGACAAAACUGUUCCCCAAAGGCAAUACAGCAGCCCAUGUAGCUGUUAUCCCUG